CAAGAAUAGCAACAGCCUGUGUCACUGCAAAGGGCAAAGCCUUCUGAAAUAGCAACAAAGUUGUGCACAAACCACUUUGCGGUCCGCAUUCGGUUUUAGCCAGCUCCAGAAACUUGUUGCAAUGACGAAAAUCAGCUGGGCUUUCCUGUCCGCUCUGAGGAGGACAGCCACCGUCUGAGAGGCUUCCAGCUGAGGCGACGAUGGCACCCAUGCAGAGUGCAGAGGAGCUGGGCCAGCAGUGCCAGGCGAUGAGAGCAAGGGAGGAUGAGGAAGGUGGCAGAGGCAGCGGGCACCUCCGCCAGCUGCCAGCUGCAGCAGGCUGUGGAACAUUUACUUUACUAUCUUCUGCCAUUGCUGCUGUAAGUGGACUUCUAAUGGGUUACGAGUUGGGCCUUAUCUCUGGAGCUCUUCUUCAGAUGAGUAGCAUUUUAGCACUCUCUUGCAAAGAGCAGGAAAUUGUUGUGAGUUCCCUUCUUUUUGGGGCCUUAUUUGCAUCACUUACAGGUGGAUUCCUGAUUGAUCGUUUUGGAAGGAGAUUUGCUAUCAUUAUUGCAUCAUCUCUACUUGUGAUGGGAAGUCUGAUUUUACUGCCCCAUGAAUCAUAUGGAAUACUUAUUGUGGGACGAGUUGCCAUAGGUAUUUCCAUAUCAUUAUCAUCAAUUGCAACAUGUGUGUAUAUUGCUGAGAUUGCCCCACAGCACAGAAGAGGCCUUCUUGUUUCGCUAAAUGAACUCAUGAUUGUGAUAGGAAUUCUCUUUGCCUAUAUUUCAAAUUAUGCAUUUGCCACCGUAUCUCAUGGCUGGAAGUAUAUGUUUGGCCUUGUAAUUCCAUUAGGUGCCUUGCAGGCUAUUGCCAUGUAUUUCCUUCCACCAAGUCCACGUUUUCUUGUCAUGAAAAAUAAUGAUGAAGCUGCAAGAAAAAUACUGGAGAGGCUACGGGAAACGUCAGAUGCUACUAAAGAACUUACUGUGAUCAAGUCUUCCCUGAAAGAUGAACAUCAGUAUAGUUUUGUGGACCUGUUUCGUUCAAAGAACAACAUGAGGGCCCGAAUGCUGGUAGGGCUCACACUCGUCUUUUUUGUGCAAACAACUGGGCAACCUAACAUUUUAUUUUAUGCAUCAACUGUUCUGAAGUCAGUUGGGUUUCAGAGCAAUGAAGCUGCCAGCUUGGCUUCUACUGGAGUCGGAGUGGUUAAAGUGGUCAGCACAGUUCCAGCCACAGUUUUUGUGGAUAAAGUUGGAAGUAAAACUUUUCUGUGUAUUGGCUCUUCUGUUAUGGCAGUAUCAUUGGUCACUAUGGGCUUAGUGAACCGUAACAUACACAUGAAUUUCACCAAUAUCUGUAGAAGCCAGUCUCCAGAGGAUACCUAUCAGAGUCCAGGAAACCUCACUGGUGUCACCAAUGGGAGCCUCAAGGAUCUCUUUUCUAGUAUGGCUUUACCAGAAAGACUCUUUUUCGACAUACAGAGAAACCUUGAUGGCACCAGGACAGGAGAACUGAACAGGACUACCCCAGUAGGAGGCGAAAGCAUGAUGGGGUCUCACACAGAGAGUGGGGAGGUUUCUGUUGUCCUGAAAUGGGUCUCGCUGGCCAGCCUGCUUGUUUACGUUGCUGCAUUUUCCAUAGGUCUUGGACCAAGUAAGUGUUUCUCUUCUCUGAUUCUUUGUAAUUAUUUAUUUACAAAUAAGUUAAGUGCUUGGAUGAUAUGCCCAUCAGGCAGUUUCCCACAUGGGCAAAGUAAUGUUUUCUGCUUAUGUGCACUGAUAUUAUUACAGACUGUCCUAAUGUGCCUCGAGUGUGCCUUUUACAAAGAGGUCCCACCCACUAAAAUUAUUGGAUUUAUGUCCCUUGAAGGUUCACCUUCAGUGAAGCUAGGAACUGGUGUAAGACUUGUACAGAAAAGUUUCAGGGCUCCUGUCUGUCUUUCCUUCUCAUGUUCUGAUGUUUCUUUACACUGGGAAGGUUGAGAUGUAGACAUUUGCUGCUGCUAACCCAUAAACCUAAGACAAUGAAGAGUUCUUGGCCUCUGCAUGUUAAGGCACCAUCAAAUCCAUGAAAAGGCGACAUGCCUGAGUCCAGUUGAGGAUCUGACCUCCUGACUGUAUGACAGUCUUCAGAUAUAGUGGAGAAAUUUAAAGCAUCAUAGUUAAUGAGCAAACUUCAGCAUCAUCAUCAUUGCUACUCAUGGUGAAACAGCACAAGUGGAAGAACAUGAAGGAGAGUUGCUGUGCAACCUUCUCCUGAGGAGAACAUCUGUGUCAUUUCCAGGUACCAGGAACUAAAUCUCUUCAUUCUGUUUUCUUUCAGUUUGUUUCAAUAGCAGGUGCAUAUUACUGUAUUUGAAGGGGUUGAUUUUUUUAAGCUAUGCUGCAAAAAGAACACAUGCACAGAGUUCAUUAUCUAUUAACUGACUUUAUGUGCUCCUGUGCUCUGGCUCAAACCUGACUUGCAAACACACUGUACUUCUGCUGCACUAUUACGAUAAAAAACUUUCACAAGAAUAAAGCCCAACAAUUACAGUAACAGCAACUCCCCUGCAGUAUUUAUUUAUUUUAAACAUUGCUCACUGGGAGAGCCAUGUGAGAUAAACAUUCAUUGCCAGGGCAGCAAGCUUGGCCUUGUUAUUGCAGUGUUGUUCCUCUUCUUGCAGACCCUGUGGGGACUAGAUUCUGUGUUCAGUGACACAAGCUCAAAACCAGGGCUGUAGCCCUGAAAAUAAAUGUUGCUCAAGCUUUUUCUUGGGUGUUUCAAACACAGAGUUCCUGGCCAUUUGGGCUGGUCUGGUGUGACGCUAUUGAUAACAGUGCCCAUUUCCCUGAUGACUAUGGAAACUGAGGUGUGUUGCCAGGCUAACCUGAGAAACCUUUGAGGCCAUUGUUUGUUUCCUGACCUCUUUCUUUACUGAGAAAGUGCCCUCAAACAGCAAAUGGGUAAGAACGGGCACCAUCUCAGCUCCAGCUUGAAAAAAUCAUGUAUGAUAAAAUAUGAAAAAAUGUUUGUGUGAAGUGAAGCAAAGCAAAGUGAAGUGAAAUGAAGUGAAUGUAAGGUCCAGGAGAGGUACAGGCAUUUCCAAAUGCAGGUACACAGAAAUACAGUGCUCAUUCUAAACUAGUAGUGUAUAGAAAAUGCAAUGGUAAGACAAUCGAGAAGUUGUUGGAGUCUACAAAAGGUUGUCUUGGUUCUCUUGUGGUUGCAUAGGCUGAGUUGGGGAGGUGGCCAUGGUUUCUGUCUCAUAUACAACCUUCAAACAUCUGCUACUUAGAGUCCAAACUCCUGUAUUUUAAAAGCCUAGAUUUCUUAUUCUUAGUCUGCCUUUCUUAGCGUGAAGAAUAACGGGGCCCCCUAGCCUCUAUAAAAUAAACAAUUUUAACAUGUUCACGUUAUUAAUCUCAGUCCAAUUUGUGGCCUAGACCAGACUGUUUGCCAUCACCUGUUCUACCGAGGGAGGAGGCAUCAAGGCUGUAGCACUGUUUUCAGCGCUCACUGACCACAGCUGGGUGAUGCCUUGUUGGCAGAAGUACUGCCAACCCACACCUCUGGAUUUUCUGUAUUAAUGUCUCCUAUACGUGAUGGCUAGGGUGGUGGCAAUAUUGGGGAUGUAUGCUCUACAGAUCUUAUCAGGCUUUUUUUGGACAAAUCACAGAGAGGUUCUUUGCUUUCUCUCCACCCUACUGGACCAUUUCUGGAACAAAUUCAGUCACUUUGUGUCCGUGCUACAUUCUUCAGGGAUAAAGGAGAAUCUGUGUAGUGCCAUUAAGAAAAUGGUGCAUCCUUCUUAGGAAAGAUCAUACAACCUGAGCUCUAUCAACUUGUUAUAAUUUUUUUUCUCUUCUUUUUCUGGGAUUCUAGUCAAAGAGCUAGUUACUGUCCAAAUGUGUGCAGCAAACAUUUGUAAAUGCUGUAUUUUUCCAUUAUUUAUCAUUUAUCUCCAAAUUAGAUGAAGUAGAUGGAUUUUUAAUAAAUGAAACAUACACUAAAUGUAUUCACUCCCAUUUACCAAAGCACUCAGGAAACACACUGAUGAGUGUUCAUAAAUAGACAGUGAGAGAUAAAAGCCAUUUCUGCAUUACAAAAGAAUUCACAGAUCAUUGAGCAUCUGCAUAGUCACUUUUUUGUUUACAGGGUGUUCUGUGUUUAAAUCACUAAUCCUUAGGCAAGAUGAAAGGAGAAUUUCUGCUCCUCUGUUUUGGAUAUAUUAUGCUUGAUGAAAUGGGAUCUACUGCUUGUUCACACUCAAUUUCACACAAUCUUAAGUAUGUUUUUGUAGGUACAGCAAAUCAGUGUUGCAUCAUGCUGCAGAGCAGCACAUGCUGUCUCUUCAGGGGUGUUUGCAGAGGCAUUUCCAGGCAGUUACUAGCAAAGGGAUCUUAUCUGCCAGUUAGCCUUGUCUGAGUUGCCUUUUUCUGUGCAUCAGAAAGGACAUAUGAAGAUGGAAGAUACUUACAGAGACUAUGAGAAAUCUCAGUCUACACAAAGAGUGAAGAACAUGAAGGUCUGUCCUUGCAUUGCAUUCCAUGGCUGUUUGCAGAGAGGCAGGCUGCUGGCACCACUGGAAAGCUGAGCCUCAAAGAAGUAGACUUGCCGUGCCUUGCACAGGGAGCUGUGAGUGCAGGCAAAUGAGAUGAGUACAGUGCAGAGGUAGAUCACCAAUUUGUCACUGAAGCUAAAAGCUAGGUGUGACCCUGAAAAUGAUUUUAACGCAGAGGAAACCCAGAGAACUUCUAUUCAGGGCCAGGCC